CUAUGGCAAGAGAGUAGUGAACGUUCUGAUUGUGUGCUCUUCAAAAUCAAUCAAAUAAGCCGAGAAGUAUAACAGUUAAAAAACUCUCGACUCUACAAACUGACCAAUAACAAGUGCAUUCAUCUGUGGAUACCUACCUAAAUAUGGUCAUAACUCGAGAAGUACGAGAAGAGAUAGAAAGUGCAGUUAAUCAAGCUGUAAGUAAAAGUAUAAAUUCGGAUACAUUCAUAAAAACACUCACGAAUAAUGUGACCACUGCCAUCAUAAAAACAAUAGAUAAGAAGCUAUCAUUGUUAGAAGAGUCAGUGGCGGACCUGAGAAAUACUAUGAAAGAAGAUAAAUUGGAACUCGAAAAUAAAAUAAAAUUCUUAGAAAAAUCGUUGAAAGAUGAAGAAAUUGAAAAUAACAAAAUGAAAAAUAUUAUAGAUAAAAUUGAUCAAGCCAGUCGCUCGACCUGUUUGAGGAUGUUUAAUGUACCUGAAAAGUCAAAAGAAGAUACACGAGAAGAAGUUAUAAAGUUGAUUAAGACCAAGAUGAACUUAAACAUAUUACCGGCCGACAUACAAAUUUGUUACCGAAUUGGAAACAAAAAUAAUACUAAAGCUAGGGGAAUUUAUCUCAAACUCAACAAAAAUGAGACCAAGCAAAACAUAUACUCUAAAAAGAAGCUCCUGAAGGGUUCCAACGUAGUGAUAAAAGAAGACCUUACCAGUACCAGACUUGAACUCCUAAAUGAAGCAACUUCAAAAUAUGGGCUUAAACAUACCUGGACUCAUAAUGGGAAAAUCUACGCUAAUGUUAAUGAUAAGAUAUUGUUGAUUAGGUGCAAGAAGGACCUAGAAGAUACGGUCUAACAUACUAUCAUCCAUUCCUAUUUUUUAUUUUGCUAAUUCUAUAUUAAAUGUGUAUAAAAUUGUAUUUCAUUAAGAUUAUCAUACGCAACUGUAUAAUAACACUAGAAAAACACUAGAUCAUAAGAGUCACACCUCAGAUCAUGUUAUCUUUUUAAUUUCCUUACUUUUUUUUGGAAUAUGCUUGAAUUUAUAGACGAUUUAGAUAAUAAUCACACUAUAGAAACAAAAGUAUACGAUAAAUUUUCGGACUACUUUCAAGGAAGAUUGGAUGAAGGAAGACAGAGUCUGGGAGUCAUACAUUUUAAUAUCAGAAGCCUCAGGAAACACUUAGAUGAAUUAAUGGUAUAUAUACAAAUGGCACAUGAAUUUCUAGACGUAAUCGUACUAUCUGAAACACGAAUGAUAGAUUGCAUAAGUAAUUUCACAAUUCCAAAUUACCAACAGUAUUAUAACGAAUCUUCUAUUAACAAAUGUGACGGUGUAAUGAUUUACAUAAAAAAUAACAUAUCCGCCGAUAUCACAGUGAUACCGAUAAAUGAAACGCAAUUUCUGAGAGUUAAAUUCACGACAGACCUACUUCCGCAAAAUAAUAAAAUCGGUUUAACUGCAUAUUAUAGACCACCAGCAACCAAUAGUUUAAACUAUUUAAACGACUUAGAAAAUUACUUAAAUACAAUGCAUAAACAAGAUAUAGAAAUUUACAUAGGAGAUAUAAAUAUCAAUUUAUUGAACACAGAGAGUAAUGAAACAAACAACUACUUGAGCAUAUUAGGUUCACAUGGAUUAUUAUCAUAUAUAAACGUGCCAACUAGAGUUACCAAAGAUACAAAAACAGCUAUCGACCAUAUUUUUAUGAGAAAACCCACCCACCUCAAUAAUAAAAUAUCAAUUACACCAAUAGUUUUUCGAACGGACAUAACAGAUCACUUCACACCUUUUGUAAAUAUCUCAUUCCUGAAAACUAAAGUGACUGUAGAAACAACUGAACAAAAUUAUAAAAAAACCGAUUUCACUAAAUUAAAUCAAAUGCUAAGUUCAGAAAAAUGGGAAAAUGUUAUAGCAGAAACAGAUGUUCAGCAAUCUUAUAAUAUAUUUAUUGAUAAACUUACAUGCUAUAUAGAUUCGGCAACAAAGGUAAAUCUAGUAAGAAAUAAAAAGUUAUUUAAAAUCAAACCUUGGAUCACCGCAGGCCUUAUAACAUCGAUCAAUGAACGUGAUAUCCUAAAAAAACAACUACUAAAAAAUUACUCUCCAGAAUUGGAAACAAAUUAUAAAAAAUACAGGAAUAAACUCAAUACUCUAAUAAGGAACGUUAAAAAUGAUUAUUAUAAACAACAAAUUAUUGAUUCCGGCACAAACUAUAAAAAAAUCUGGAAUAUAAUAAGAGACAUAAGCGGAGAAAGUCAAAGAAAAACAGUAGAGAAUAAUGAUAUAACACUAGAAAACGGUGAUAAUACCAAUGAUAAUC